AUGGCUCAUCCCCAGAUGUGCUUCGCUGCCACGCGUAUCCAUGAGGACUCGCUGGUUGGACGACGACGUGAAGCUGUCAUAAUCAACACGCUUUCGUACCAACUAGAUGUGCUCAAGAGGACCGGGCGGUAUGACGCCUUCUCGUUGCGAUGGCACUCCUCAUAUUCUGACCCUCCUGAGGUCUGGCCGAUACCGAACCACCUAUUCUGGGAUUCGGACGUCGCGAAAUGGAUCGAAGGAGCCUGCUAUAUACUGAAGCAACGACGCCUACCUGUGAUUGAAGACGCAGUCUCGGAACUAGUGGACAUGAUUAGAACUGCUCAACAACCCGAUGGUUACAUUAACAUCCACUAUACAGUAGUUGAGCCAGGCAGGCGCUUCACGAACCUUCGCGAUAUGCACGAAUUGUACAACGCAGGACACUUGAUCGAGGCAGCUCUAGCACAUCACGAUCUUCACGGCAACGACAUGCUGUUGGACCCCAUCCUACGUUACGUUGAGCUCCUUUGCCACAAUUUCGGUCCGGGCGAAAAUCAGAUGCAUGGCUACCCAGGUCAUCCCGAGAUUGAACUCGCUCUCCUGCGGCUUUACGAUCGCACCCAAAAUUCGAAGCAUCUGAAGCUCGCAGAGUACUUCGUUACCGAGCGCGGCAAUCCACAUGGCUGUGAGGGCGGCCAUUAUUAUGAUGUGGAAGCAAAGCGUCGUGGAGACGAUCCACACAAACAAGCAGCCUUCUACCCAUCACCGCGAUCGCUCUGGUACCAUCAGGCUCACCAACCAAUUCAGGAUCAGGUUACGGUAGAAGGUCACAGUGUGCGUGCUGUCUACCUUCUCACCGCCGUGGCAGACUUGUGUCGUGUGGGUCCCAUGGCCGCCCCUCACAAGUUACGGUCGACUUUGUAUCGUUUAUGGGACAAUAUGGUAGACCGGAAGAUGUAUGUGACCGGCGGGAUCGGUUCCAUCAAACAGUGGGAGGGAUUUGGGAUUGACUACUUCCUGCCUCAAGGGACUGACGAAGGCGGUUGCUACUCAGAGACGUGUGCCGCUAUUGGUGUGAUGAUGCUUGCACAACGCAUACUCCAGGUCAGCCUUUACGCCGACGCAACGAGCUAA